AUGGCGUCUCUCCUCUUCCUGCCGCACACGACCCCCACGGCCUCCCCGCGCGCCGCGGCCAGGCCCAGGGCCGGGGCCAUCACCUGCGGCCCGCGCGACAACCGCGGCCCGCUCCAGCGCGGCCGCUCCCUCUCCACCGAGGCCAUCCACGCCGUGCAGUCCCUCAAGCGCCUCACCGCCGCCGACCGCUCCCCGUCGGCCGCCCGCGGCGCGGCCUCCGCGUCCCUCGGCCGCCUCCUCCGGGCCGAUCUCCUCGCCGCCAUGGCCGAGCUCCAGCGCCAGGGCCACUGGUCCCUCGCCCUCGCCGCGCUCCACGUGGCGCGCGCCGAGCCCUGGUACCGGCCCGACCCGGAGCUCUACGCCACGUUCGUCUCCUCCUCGCCGCCCUCCGAGGCCGCCGCCGGCGCCGUGGACGCGCUCGUGGAGGCGUUCCUCGAGGAGAAGGAGGAGGGGCCGUGGGUGGGGGUGGACGUGUACAGGCUCACGAGGCUGGUGCGCGCGCUGGUGGCCAAGGGCAGGGCGCGCGCGGCGUGGCGGGUGUACGAGGCGGCGGUGAGGAGGGGAGGCUGCGACGUGGACGAGUACAUGUACCGGGUGAUGGCGCGGGGGAUGAAGCGGCUGGGGCUCGAGGCCGAGGCGGCGGAGGUGGAGGCCGACUUCGCCGAGUGGGAGGCCAGGGUCUCGCCGCCGGCGAGGCAUCUGCUCGACGAAAUGCGCGCGAGGGAGGAGAGCGACAAGACGACGACGCCGACGACGGCUUAG